CCCAGGGAGGCCGUCUGGCUGGGCCUAAGGAGUGCUGGGGAGAGUGGCAGGACCUGACCUGGGGCUGAGGUGCGGCAGUCGACGUAUCUGAUGCAUGUUUUAAGUGGAUGCUCUGGCUGCUUUGUGGAAUAUUCUGGAGAUUAACGUGACAGUGUCAGGUGGACCCACAGCCAUCCCACCGCCCCCGCUGGGAGUGCUGAGAGUGAGGCAGCAUGGAGGAGAGGAAGCAUGAGACCAUGAACCCAGCUCACGUCCUCUUUGACCGGUUUGUCCAGGCCACCACCUGCAAGGGAACCCUCAAGGCCUUCCAGGAGCUCUGUGACCACCUGGAACUGAAGCCAAAAGACUACCGCUCCUUCUAUCACAAGCUCAAGUCCAAGCUUAACUACUGGAAAGCCAAAGCCCUCUGGGCAAAGUUGGACAAACGGGGCAGUCACAAAGACUACAAAAAGGGAAAAGCCUGCACCAACACCAAGUGUCUCAUCAUUGGGGCUGGCCCCUGUGGUCUCCGUACAGCCAUCGACUUAUCCUUACUGGGGGCCAAGGUGGUGGUUAUUGAGAAACGAGAUGCCUUCUCCCGCAACAACGUCUUGCAUCUCUGGCCAUUCACCAUACAUGAUCUACGAGGUCUGGGUGCCAAGAAGUUCUAUGGCAAGUUCUGUGCCGGAGCCAUCGACCAUAUCAGUAUCCGUCAGCUCCAACUAAUACUUUUGAAAGUAGCCUUGAUCCUAGGCAUUGAAAUCCAUGUCAAUGUGGAAUUCCAAGGACUUAUACAGCCUCCUGAGGACCAAGAGAAUGAACGGAUAGGCUGGCGGGCACUGGUGCACCCCAAGACUCAUCCUGUGUCAGAGUAUGAAUUUGAAGUGAUCAUCGGUGGGGAUGGUCGGAGGAACACCUUGGAAGGGUUUCGUCGGAAAGAAUUCCGUGGCAAACUGGCCAUCGCCAUCACCGCAAAUUUUAUCAACCGAAAUACAACAGCAGAAGCUAAAGUGGAAGAGAUCAGUGGUGUGGCUUUUAUAUUCAACCAAAAAUUUUUCCAGGAACUGAGGGAAGCCACAGGUAUUGACUUGGAGAACAUCGUUUACUACAAAGAUGACACACACUAUUUCGUUAUGACAGCCAAAAAGCAGAGUUUGCUGGACAAAGGAGUGAUACUACAUGACUAUGCCGACACAGAGCUCCUGCUUUCCCGGGAAAAUGUGGACCAGGAGGCUCUGCUCAGCUAUGCCAGGGAGGCGGCAGACUUCUCCACCCAACAGCAGCUGCCGUCUCUGGAUUUUGCCAUCAAUCACUAUGGGCAGCCCGACGUGGCCAUGUUUGACUUCACUUGUAUGUAUGCCUCUGAGAACGCCGCCUUGGUGCGGGAGCAAAACGGACACCAGUUACUAGUGGCUCUGGUCGGGGACAGCCUCCUAGAGCCUUUCUGGCCAAUGGGAACAGGAAUAGCCCGGGGCUUUCUUGCUGCUAUGGACUCUGCCUGGAUGGUCCGAAGUUGGUCUCUAGGAACAAGCCCUUUGGAAGUGCUGGCAGAGAGGGAAAGUAUUUAUAGGUUGCUGCCUCAGACCACCCCUGAGAAUGUGAGUAAGAACUUCAGCCAGUACAGUAUCGACCCAGUCACUCGGUAUCCCAAUAUCAACGUCAACUUCCUCCGGCCAAGCCAGGUGCGCCAUUUAUAUGAUACUGGCGAAACAAAAGAUAUUCACCUGGAAAUGGAGAGCCUGGUGAAUUCCCGAACCACCCCCAAAUUGACUCGCAAUGAGUCUGUAGCUCGUUCAAGCAAACUGCUGGGUUGGUGCCAGAGGCAGACAGAUGGCUAUGCAGGGGUAAACGUGACAGAUCUCACCAUGUCUUGGAAAAGUGGCUUGGCCCUUUGUGCAAUUAUCCAUAGAUACCGCCCGGACCUGAUAGAUUUUGAUUCUUUGGAUGAGCAAAAUGUGGAGAAGAAUAACCAACUGGCCUUUGACAUUGCUGAGAAGGAGUUGGGCAUUUCUCCCAUCAUGACAGGCAAAGAAAUGGCCUCCGUGGGGGAGCCCGAUAAGCUGUCCAUGGUGAUGUACCUGACUCAGUUCUACGAGAUGUUUAAGGACUCCCUCCCCUCUAGUGACACCUUGGACCUAAAUGCUGAGGAGAAAGCAGUCCUGAUAGCCAGCACCAGAUCCCCUAUCUCCUUCCUAAGCAAACUUGGCCAGACCAUCUCUCGAAAGCGUUCUCCCAAGGAUAAAAAGGAAAAGGACUUGGAUGGUGCUGGGAAGAGGAGAAAGACCAGUCAAUCAGAGGAGGAGGAAGCUCCCCGGGGCCAUAGAGGAGAAAGACCGACCCUGGUGAGCACUCUGACAGACAGGAGGAUGGACGCUGCCGUUGGGAACCAGAACAAAGUGAAGUACAUGGCGACCCAGCUGCUGGCCAAAUUUGAAGAGAAUGCACCCGCACAGUCCGUCGGCACACGGAGACAGCUGACACAAGAGCGUGGGGCCAGCCAGCCGUCCUGCUGCCUGCCUGGGCAGGUUCGCCCUGCCCCCACCCCGCAGUGGAAACAGGGCUCCAUGAAGAAGGAGUUCCCGCAGAACCUGGGAGGCAGCGACACGUGCUACUUCUGCCAGAAGCGGGUCUACGUGAUGGAGAGACUGAGCGCCGAGGGCAAGUUCUUCCACCGGAGCUGCUUCAAGUGCGAGUACUGCGCCACCACCCUGCGCCUCUCAGCCUACGCCUACGACAUCGAGGAUGGUAAAUUCUACUGUAAGCCACACUACUGCUAUCGACUCUCUGGCUACGCACAAAGGAAGAGACCAGCGGUGGCUCCCCUGUCUGGAAAGGAGGCCAAAGGACCCCUGCAGGAUGGCCCCACCACAGACGCCAACGGACGGGCCAGCGCUGUGGCCGGCUCGACUGAGAGAACCCCAGGUUCAGGCGUGAACGGCCUGGAGGAGCCCAGCAUCGCCAAGCGGCUAAGGGGCACCCCAGAGCGGAUUGAGCUGGAGAACUACCGUCUUUCCCUGAGGCAGGCCGAGGCACUGCAGGAGGUGCCCGAGGAGACCCAGGCCGAGCACAACCUGAGCAGCGUGCUGGACACAGGCGCCGAGGAGGACGUUGCCAGCAGUAGUUCCGAGUCUGAGAUGGAGGAGGAGGACGAGGAGGAGGAGGAGGAGGAGCCUCGCCUGCCCCCCUCUGACCUGGGUGGCGUUCCGUGGAAGGAGGCCGUGCGGAUCCAUGCCCUUCUGAAAGGGAAAAGUGAAGAGGAGCUAGAGGCCUCCAAGAGCUUUGGGCCUGGGAAUGAAGAGGAGGAGGAGGAAGAAGAAUAUGAAGAGGAGGAGGAGGAGGACUAUGACGAGGAGGAGGAAGAGUCCAGUGAAGCUCCAUUGGAUGAGAAUGACCUAGAGGAAGAUGUGGACUCAGAACCAGCCGAGAUAGAAGGGGAGGCAGCAGAGGAUGGGGACCCAGGGGACACUGGUGCUGAGCUGGAUGACGAUCAGCACUGGUCUGACAGCCCGUCAGAUGCUGACAGAGAGCUGCGUUUGCGGCACACAGCUGAGGGGGCAGCAGAGCCGGAGCUGAGGGUAUCAGAAGAUGAGGAGAAGCUGCCCGCCUCACCGAAGCACCAAGAGAGAGGUCCCUCCCAAGCCACCAGCCCCAUCCGGUCUGCCCAGGAAUCAGCUCUUCUGUUCACUCCAGUCCACAGCCCCUCAACAGAGGGGCCCCGACUCCCACCUGUUCCUGCCGCCACCCGGGAGACAUUACCUGAGGAGCGCCUUUUCCCUGAGCCUUUGCUCCCCAAAGAGAAGCCCAAAGCUGAUGCCCCGUCGGAUCCGAAAGCUGUGCACUCUCCCAUCCGAUCGCAGCCAGUAGCCUUGCCAGAAGCCAGGACUCCUUCCUCACCAGGGAGCCCACAGCCCCGGCCGCCCGUGGCAGCCUCCACGCCCCCAGCCAGCCCACUCCCCAUCUGCUCCCAGCCCCAGCCUUCCACCGAGGCCACUGUCCCAUCCCCUACCCAGUCCCCCAUACGCUUCCAGCCUGUCCCAGCCAAAACAUCCACCCCCCUGGCCCCUCUCCCUGUCCAAAGCCAAAGUGACACCAAGGACAGGCUGGGCAGCCCCCUUGCUGUGGAUGAGGCCCUCAGAAGGAGUGACCUGGUGGAGGAAUUCUGGAUGAAGAGUGCGGAAAUCCGCCGCAGCCUUGGGCUCACCCCUGUGGACCGCAGCAAGGGGCCUGAGCCCAGCUUCCCCACGCCUGCCUUCAGGCCAGUGUCCCUCAAAUCUUAUUCCGUUGAAAAGUCCUCCCAGGAUGAGGGACUCCACCUUCUCAAGCCUCUGUCUGUCCCCAAAAGGCUGGGCUUGCCAAAGCCAGAGGGCGAGCCUUUGUCCCUGCCAACACCCCGGUCCCCGUCGGACAGAGAGCUGCGCAGCGCCCAGGAGGAGCGCAGGGAGCUGUCCAGCAGCUCUGGCCUGGGCCUGCACGGGAGCUCCUCCAACAUGAAGACACUGGGCAGCCAGAGCUUCAACACCUCGGACUCCGCCAUGCUCACGCCACCCUCCAGCCCGCCCCCGCCCCCGCCCCCGGGUGAGGAGCCCGCCACCUUGCGGAGGAAGCUCAGAGAGGCCGAGCCCAGCGCCUCCGUGGUCCCGCCACCCUUGCCCGUCACAUGGAUGCGGCCCCCCCGGGAGCCUGCUCAGCCCCCCAGAGAGGAGGUGCGGAAGUCUUUUGUGGAGAGCGUGGAGGAGAUCCCCUUCGCUGACGACGUGGAAGACACCUACGACGACAAGACUGAGGACUCAAGCCUGCAGGAGAAGUUCUUCACGCCCCCCUCCUGCUGGUCACGCCCCGAGAAGCCUCCCCCCCCGCCCCUGGGCAAGGAGAACGGGAGGCUACCUGUUCUGGGAGGGUCGCUGCAGCCACAGAAGAGGGGGCUGCCCUUGGUCUCCGCGGAAGCCAAGGAGUUGGCCGAGGAGCGCAUGCGAGCCAGAGAGAAGUCCGUGAAGAGCCAGGCGCUGCGGGAUGCCAUGGCCAGGCAACUGAGCAGGAUGCAGCAGAUGGAGCUGGCCACGGGCGCCCCUAGGUCCCGCAAGGCAUCAUCAGCACUCUCCCAGGGCAAGGAGCGCCGGCCCGACUCCCCCACACGUCCCACUCUCAGGGGCUCUGAGGAGCCCACCCAGAAGCAUGAAGCCAUCAGCGAGGAGGUCCUCUCCGCGCCGUCGGACUCGGGGGGCCCAGAUGGCUCUUUCACUUCAUCCGAGGGCUCCAGUGGGAAGAGCAAGAAGAGGUCAUCACUCUUCUCCCCCCGCAGAAACAAGAAGGAGAAGAAGUCCAAAGGCGAGGGCCGGCCCCCAGAGAAGCCCAGCCCCAACCUCCUGGAGGAAGCUGCCACCAAACCCAAGUCCCUGUGGAAGUCGGUCUUCUCUGGGUACAAGAAGGACAAGAAGAAGAAGGCCGACAACAAGUCCUGCCCCAGCACCCCCUCCAGCGCGGCCACGGUGGACUCCGGCAAGCACAGGGUGCUUCCUGUCGUAAGGGCAGAGCUGCAGCUCCGGCGCCAGCUAAGCUUCUCCGAGGACUCAGACCUCUCCAGCGACGAUGUCCUUGAGAGGUCCUCGCAGAAGUCACGGCGAGAGCCAAGAACCUACACAGAGGAGGAACUGAAUGCCAAGCUGACCCGGCGCGUGCAAAAGGCAGCUCGGAGACAGGCCAAGCAGGAGGAGCUUAAGCGGCUGCAUCGAGCCCAGAUCAUCCAGCGGCAGCUGCAGCAGGUGGAGGAGAGGCAGCGGCGGCUGGAGGAAAGGGGCGUGGCUGUGGAGAAGGCGCUCCGGGGAGAAGCAGGCAUGGGCAAGAAGGACGACCCCAAGCUGAUGCAGGAGUGGUUCAAGCUAGUGCAGGAGAAGAACGCCAUGGUGCGCUACGAGUCGGAGCUGAUGAUCUUUGCCCGGGAGCUGGAGCUGGAAGACCGGCAGAGCCGACUGCAGCAGGAGCUCCGGGAACGCAUGGCAGUGGAAGAUCACCUUAAGACUGAGGAGGAGCUGUCUGAAGAGAAGCAGAUUCUCAAUGAGAUGCUGGAGGUGGUGGAGCAGAGAGACUCACUGGUGGCGCUGCUGGAGGAGCAGCGGCUCCGGGAGAGAGAGGAGGACAAGGACCUGGAGGCUGCCAUGUUGUCCAAGGGCUUCAGCCUUAACUGGUCCUGAGCUCACACCCAGCGCUCCAUUUUCUGUUGGCAUCCGCCUGGCCGGGUAGUGGCCUCCAAACCACCCGGAGCCGCGAUCUGAGGAGGCCUGGCACCUCCUUGGAGUUUACACUCAGAUGCCCGUGUGCUGCUUGGAAAGCGGUCGAGUCCCGCGUGCAGUGGGGAGCCCCAGGGGACAGUGGUUAUCUGAGAUGGCGCCACCUCCUGGGAGGAGGCCCACCUGGACCUCCCGCUCAGAGGAGGAGCACGGUGUGUAUGGCAUGACGCAGGGCCCACCCCGCACGCUCCCUGAGGAUGUGCUGGCUGUACCCCUUUCUUCCACUGGCACAUUUGGUAAGAGAGGGAAGCUGCUCCCGGCAGAACCACAGUGCGCCACCACAGCCUGCGAGGGGCACUGUCUUCUUCAUGCUCCCUGGAGCACCACCAAAGAAACGUAAACAGUACCCCACGAAAGCAGGGUGCGAUUGAGACCCAGGAUGGGGAGGUGUCCAGUCAUGCCCACGCCAGCAUCACAGGUGACAUGGAGGUGUGGGCAGGCUCCGGAAUUGAUUAUGCAAAUUAGGAGGACACAGGAGGGGUCUGCUCUCCAGCCGAACACCACACACUGGACCCUAAGUGGCCAAAUGCCUGGGCCUCUCUCUGGCUGCGGCCUGAGGCCUGUGGGUUGCUGCAUUUUGCUUGUAGUUCACAACCAUUUUGACACUGGAAAAUGCUGACUUUGGGGGACGGGAUGAGGCCCUACAUUCUAUGCCCCCAGUUGGCAGACAGGCAUUGUCCCUGUUCCACAUUUAUGUUGGGGCAGGAGGUGACCUCUUCCUCGGUGUUUUUCCUGUGUUUGCACAUUGAAAUGAAGCCGACAACCUGGCAAGACGCUCAGCCGCUUCAAACCCUUUUUGUCAAUUAACUUAUUUUUUUAAUACUUGAAAAGAAGUAACUUGGUUUGUAUAUCUUUACUAGAGACACUGAUCACUUGAUGCCCAGGUGCGGGAGCCACAGCGGCGUCUGUUGCGUCCCACGCGGCCUGGUCCGGGGCUGGCGCCCGGGUGCAGGAGCCACGGCGGCAUCUGCUGCAUCCCACACGGCCUGGUCCAGGGCUGCCCGGCGCUCGCCACGUGCAUCUAUUUAUUAGCCUAUCUCUUUGUAUCACUGGCCUGGCUGGCAUCAGGGAGCUGCCCAGGACCCCCGCUGGGUCCUGCUCACAGCUUUCUGUCCCCUUUUGCACCUGGUGCCUGCCUCACCCUGGCACUAGACCAUCCGGACCGCUCACGUGAUGAGGGGGCAUUUCCGUUCUGUUUUGGACCAAGCUAACAGCAGAGCCGCCACUCUCACCCUCCCGAUGAGAAUUCUGGCUCUGCAGAACUCACCCUUUUCUCAGUUUGGGUGCCAGGACAUCACCUUCCUCCACACGUAUGUUAAAGAAGGUUUCAGGAUGGGCCCUCGUCCACACUGGCCAAGAGGGUACAGAGUGGGACCCUGGAAUCGUGGCUGGUGAAGUCCCUCCUCCCAGCCUAAGAUUCACCCAGAAGGAAACGCAAGAGCUGCAGUGGAUGCUGGGAUGCAGGCUGGCCUCUCUCGAGCAGAUAAGAGACUCCCGCCCUCCCUCCCAAGGGUGACGGGCACCUGCCUUGUGCCGGAUCUUCAUGGGGCCAUAAAGGGUGGCGAGCCCCGAAUCACUAGCUCCUAUAGCCAAACCGUUCCUUUCUCACGGUUCUGCACCAGCCUGGCUGUGUACGGCUCAUCAAGCCACUGAGCUAACCGGGGGUGGGGUGCUUGUCCAUCAAAGCAGUUAGCGCAUAGUCCAGCCAGGAGCCCCCCGGGCUAGACCCACCUGCCCCUAGGGGUGCUGCAGCCACCUGCGCCUCCCUGGGCUGGGGCCAGCUGGGAGCAGAGGCCUGGCCCCUCCAAGGCAUCCCGUAGCGGAGCAGGCCGAGGGGCCGUGCUGACCUUGGGCUUUCCGUGGGAACCACACUGUGCCUCAACUUGAACAUUCAUCCCAACUGCAAAGGAGCAAAGAACCUGUGUCAUCCCUGUCCAGAAGCUGCCACCUCUCUCCCGUGCACAUCCAGGAAGUACGCUGCUGGUGGCCGCCAUGGCUCUGAUUCUCCUCCACCCGCUCUCACAUGAGGCAAAGGUCUCCUUUUCUCUUCUCUUAAAAAGGGGAGAGGAGGGUUCCUAGAUUCCAUCUUCAAACCCCAGUCUUCCCAUAAAAUUGGACGUGGGAAAAGACCUUCACUGCGGUGUGGCCUUUCCCAGACCUCUCCUAUCGAAGGCCACAAAACCAGCCCAGGCCCGGCAGAGCCACCUUUGGCCCUUGUAGCUCCUGCUGGCCCCACAAUGGGGAAGCAGUUUGCAAAGUGGCUCGGAAGGAGUGUGGCCUAGGAAUCUGCUACAAGUGGCCAGGUGUAGCAGGAGAGCCCAGCGUCACCUCCUGGUCCUGGUCAGCCUUAACACUGUGGCAUCCUCCGCAGCACACACAGCGGCCUGCAGUCUGGAAAGCGGACCCAAGCCUUUGCAGAGAGGCGCCAUGGAGCCGCAGGCCCGCACAGCAGCCCCAGCCUCCCACUCCUGACUGUGAGGACAUCGGUUCUAGGAGAGCACUUUUUUUAAAGCUCCCAUUUUGUAACUACUUUGCAGUUGACUUGAGUACUCUGGUAACUUGCUGCGUGAAGUGAUCUCCAGCUGUGAGAACGUGCAGCUCCAGGCAGGUUUUCUUUCCAAGAGUUAAGUCUUCCCUUGAAGGCAGGGAAGCGGGAUGGAUACACAUGUGUCAUGCACAUAAAGUACCAGGCGCAGGAGCAGCCCAAACUCGAGGCUGACUAAACUGGAGGCUGAACACUGUGGAGGUCUGCAUGCAGCCUCCCUGGAGAGCAGGGAGGGGGCGCUCCCGCCCCUGGGCUUGAGGGUGCCGCACCCGUGGGCUUCCAGGCCUGCCCAAGUGGUGCCUUCAGGCCUUUGCCCCUGGCGGCCAUCCUUAGGCUGAAUUUGACCAGCAAUGAUAGACUCUUCUUAACCCUUUCAAGAAAAUUUUUUCAGUGGGACAGGAAGGAGAGUUAAACAUUUUUUUAAAGGUGGUAACAUCUGACCCAUGAAGGGUAUGGGUCUGUUUUACGCUAAAUAAAAGUUUUUCAAA